AUGGCGUCCGUAGGCUCAGUGACGCGUCAAAUUGCUGCAUUGGAAAUCUCUUCCAAGGGCCCACAGUCAUCCCAACCCUCCGGCCCCAAACGGCCGCAACACCUCAAACAACCAAGUCAGCCGAACGUCGCGAAGUUAUUGACGAAAUGGGCAGCGCCGAACCCGUCGGCGGCUGUGAAAAAACCUGUCUUGCCUCGUCCGGGGCCAAGUGUGGAUAUCGGGAGCUAUGAUGGGGGGCUCGAAAUCGAGAAUGAACGUCGAGGGUCGACGGUAAGCGGGCCAGCAGCGGCGGACUUGGCGCUGGACUCGAGUCAAUCUAGACUCAAUCCGACGCUGGAAUGGUCUCUCCAUUCCUUUGACAUGGGUCGCCCGCUGGGGAAGGGAAAAUUCGGGCGGGUCUAUAUGGUCCGAACGAAGGCCCCGCCCCAAUAUAUUCUGGCGCUCAAGACUCUGUACAAGUCGGAGCUCGUGCAGAACAAGGUCGAAAAGCAGACCCGCCGCGAGAUCGAGAUCCAGCAGAAUCUGCGGCACCCCAACAUCCUCCGUUUGUACGGCUACUUCCACGACGAGAAGCGCAUAUUCCUGAUGCUCGAGUUCGCCGGCAAGGGCGAGCUUUACAAGCAGCUCAGCAAAGUCGGUUGCUUUUCGGAGCGGCGCAGCGCGCGCUACAUUGACCAGAUGGCUGACGCAUUAGGGUAUCUUCAUGGCAAGCAUGUCAUACACAGAGACAUAAAGCCGGAAAAUCUGCUACUAGGGAUCAACGGUGAACUGAAGAUCGGAGACUUUGGAUGGUCCGUCCAUGCUCCCGGCCUCCGUCGCAUGACACUAUGCGGGACUCUCGACUACCUUCCCCCCGAAAUGGUGGAAGGGAAAGAGCACAACGAAAAGGUCGACUACUGGGCAUUGGGCGUGCUCAUGUACGAAUUCUUGAACGGGUCACCUCCGUUUGAGGACCGCGCCAGCGUGAAAAAUACGUACCGACGAAUCGCCAAAGUCGACCUGCGUUUCCCUCCCACAAUCCCAGCGGACGCACGCGACUUGAUUGCCAAACUUCUCAGGUACAAUCCCAACGACCGAUUACCGCUUGCAAACGUCCGUCGACAUCCAUGGAUUCUCAAGUUCAAAUCUGAAGCGGAAGCUGCUUAA